AUGAAUUCUAUUCAGAAACUCAACCUCGAAUUCUGGGAGGAGAAUCGUGAAAAACGCUCCCUAUGGCCCAUUGCAUACCUACUCGGAGCAACGGACCUGGUUCCACUCCCUAGAACUCGGCAGGAUGCACUCUCAAAAUGUCUAGUCAAUGGGCAUGCAAAAUAUUUGCCCGACAAUUCAGCCAUUGUUCUUGAUGCCCUUCUUGACGGCAAUGGCCGAAAUGAUCAGGUGUCAUGCUGGGUCCCUGAUGAUUGGGAUCAAGUGCUUUCCAGCAAUGCCAUCCGCACGCGUGUUCAAAAGUAUCUCAGUCAUACCAUGACAACAUCAAAUGCGCCAAUCACUCUCGCAAACGCCAUCAAUCUAUUCGAAGGCAUGACCACCCAACCUUCCACGUCAUCCAAUGUUACUACUCAGUCUGAGCUAUCAUCGGUCAAUAGGGCCUCAGCGAGGCUAGCCAGCAAAACUGCUGGGGCCAAGCAGGGUUUUGGCCUACAAGUUGAAGUGCCCCUUCAUACCCUGGACCCUUCUAAACCAACAGUCCUCCAUGUCUUGGACAUCCUUGAUGACUGGACUGCUGAACAGUCGCUGGCGAAGAUCACAUCUGAGAUGGGCAUCAACCCUGAGAACCACCAAAUCGCGUAUAAAACAUCCAAAAUGAAGGUAAAGGACAAUGCUAUUAUAAUUGACUGUGCAGAGACUCUUGCAGCUGGACUGGAAGUUCAACGCCAAAUUCAAUCCCGUGCUCAUGAGCAAAAGCGCAUGAAAAUAUUCAAUCUCUCUGCUGUUGAGAAGACUACUAGUAAGGCGAAAGGCAAAAAACCUUCCACUCGAUCCGAUGCUAGCCCACCUUCAAACUUGCGCAAAGAAACCUUCAAACAACUGAUCAAAUCCACUUGGUGCAAUAGACACUCGCGACAGUGCUAUCCUCACCCAAAGGCAGAUUGGGAGCAUCUAUUUUUGUCGAACGAGGUCAUGGAUCUGUGGGCCAAUCACCUGAGUCAAGGUACAGUGGGUGUAACAUUGGAGAGGCCACCUCAACAUAAAGUGUUUGAUGUAUGCAAUGUAAAACGUCAAAAACGCUCUCGGUCUCUAUCACCUCUCCGCUCCAUCAAACGCCCCAAGAUCUCUCAGUCCCCAGAUAUUGAACGAUCUGGCAACGCGAUGCUGACAAAGCGCCCUCUGUCUAUGUCCCCUCUUCACAGCUCCAAACAUCCCAAGAUUACUGAGUCACUGCUCAUCACUGACCCGAUCGCGGAGCCUGGCACUUCCAAGACCACCAAGUCUGUGCAUGUCAACACAUUGGCCAACGCAACUGCAGGACCCAGCUCUCUGAACCAUGCCCCAAACCCAAUCACGAAACCUGGGACUUUCAAGAUCACCAAGCCCAUGCAUGUCAACCCAUUGACCUCAGGACCGAGCACCCCGAAGUGUGCCCCACUUAUCGACUUAACCCUAUCCUCGUCAUCACCCAUUGCUGCAUCGCCUUCGCACAUCCGUUACCAACGUCAAGUCAAACGCAAGUAUCAUUCAGCAACAGUUGUCGACAUCCCAUCGUCACCAUGCAGGCAGCUUUCGCGCAAACGGAUCAACUCCCCACCCAUCACUUACCUCCUUGUACCCGACUCUGGGAGUGAGGAUGACAUUGGUUUUGAUGUUAAACAGGGUCACACUGAGGUGGAGCCUGGUCUGGUGGAGCUCAGUAGCGAUGAUGAGCUUGUUGAUGCCAUCGAUGAAGCCUGA